CCUAGCAGCAAACAAACAAAUAGUUCCAGGCUUAUAAGAUUAUUGCCGAGUCGACUUAUCACAGCAGCGAUAUAAAGUUAUUAAAUAUUGAUUUAAAUUUUAGUUUAACAUUCCGCAAUGGAAACUGAUAAGGAAAAACAAAGCGAUGAGCUCAUGAAUCGCAUUCGGAAUGAGCUUACCGCCAUAAUAUCUCAAGAGGCUGAAAACGAUUCCGAUUCACAAGAACUCCUCCUGAGUCCCAAUCCGAUGCCCAUCUUCGGGCCCAUCAGGAAAACAAGGACAGCGAAAUCGAGGAGUUCAAAGAAGAAGGAUGGUAAGUCCUCGUCCGCAGGCAGUAAAAAGAGUUCGUCCGCCGGAAGCACAUCAUCUGAAGUUCGUUUAACGGGAGGAGAGGCCCAGGAUAAGACAUCGGAUCCGGCCUCAACAACUUCCAGCUUUUCGCUAAGAUCAGGAUAUGAUGGGCCCCCCAUGGAGGCCGGUGCCCGUGCCGAGUUCAUGGAAUCGCACGCGGCCAAAAGUAUCGACGACGAUGUCCGAAAGAUGCAGUUGGAGCUUAAGCAAAGCUACGAGCUUUUCCAGGGCAUUGGCGAGAAAUUGGAGUCGGUUAGCUUUACGGGACUAAAGGAUCGCAUUCGAGACCUGCACCUAAACGACUCCAACAACGAGUUGGGCAAAGCGACGACCCAGGAGCUCCAGAAGAUGUUCGACCAGCGUUUUCUUCAGAAUCGUCUGGACAAGCUUACCACGGACGCCACGCAAGGAUUUCGACGCCACCCCGGUGAAUUCGGCGACAUCCCGGAACUGAGCACCUUCUUCCAGGCAUGCACUCAGCUGGAACGCGGACUAGAUGCACUGCGUCAGCAGCGACGGCGCAACAGCGAGCUGGAGAAGCGUCUGUGCUGGGCCACCGAAAUCGCAUACGAUCGCAUGGACGAGAUUCGGAACUCGGUGGGCUCGGAUCCGGAAAAGAACUUCUGAAUUACUCAAUUAUAGGUGACAUGUAGCUAUUUUUUUGGUUCACCCUAAGGUUCAUUACCCGCAAACACACACGCACAGGUGCAAUACAUAUGCGUUUAUCCCACACCCACAA